CUAUUCCUUAGUCCGUGGUCCAAAGCGAACGCAGCCCGAGUAGUUACUAUUUGCUAUAAACAUAACCAAAUAUAAUAACAAUUUUUAAGAUUAUUAGCACUAGCUGACAAAGUUUGACAAGUUUUUAUAACGUAAUACUAACACUAAAGAUAACGUCAUGGGGAGAGCAUGCUGUAUUUUAGGAUGUCCUUCAGGAGGAGAUGCACCAUCUCAUCACAUUCCAAAAAAUCCAGCUCUCUUUCAAAAAUGGAAAAGUGUGAUUUAUUCCGAGAAAAUGAGAAAUAUGACUGAUGAACAGAUAGGCAAGUGUGCUGUAUGCUAUCGACAUUUUACUGACGAAGAUUAUUUAAUAACCUUUAGAGUGAGAAAAUUGAGACGUGGUGUCACGCCUUCUUUAAAUCUGCCAAAUAUACCUGCUAUUUAUAAUGAACCAAAUACAGUUAAUACAGAAACUGCAGAAAUAUCAAAUGCAAGCCUAAAUACAUGUAUUAAAGAAGAAACAACAUCAGAAAUCUCAGAGACAGGAAGUUUCAUUACGGAAAUGGAAGUAUCAAAAACAGCUGACAUCGCAUUAUUUGAGGAUCUUCCAGACGAAACAGAACCCUGCUUGAAACAAUUACAACUGAAUAAUCAGAACAAACAUAUGGAACAAACCAGUUUAGCUAAAGACUUGUUCAAAUUAUAUUGUAUGAAAAUAAUGUGGAGAAAGAGACAAGCAAAAUUUAUGGAAUGGCGUCAAUAUAAAAAACAAGCAGAGCAAUAUGAAAAAACAUCUACAAUACAAAAGCUAUUGUCUUUUUUGACAUCUGAUGAAAUAGCAUCAAUCAAAACCAAGAUAAUAAAAUCAAAGUACUCACCAAAGGUAUAUGUAAAAGAAUAUCAUGAGAUAGCUAAACGGAAAGCUCUUGAACAGUUAUAAAAUCUAAUUGAUGGAAUAAGAUUUGUUUCAUAUAAUUAGUUAUUGUAAAGAAAUUUGAUGAUUGUUGAAUAUAGACAAGUACAUUAUAAUUUAAGAAAUCUUAUCACAAAUAUUACAAGAACAAUGAUGACAUGACAAUGAUGUGGGAAUUUUUAAUGGAAACAUGGGAUGCAAAUUAUUCAAGCAUUGUGCUGAUACAACACGUUGCUGUAUUUUUAAAAACGAAUACAUGAAAUUACAUUUAUAAUUACGAGGGCUGUAUGAUAAGUACCUGUGUUUAACGACAGAAAGCAUCAUUGACUCAAAGUCUGUAUACCAUCGUUUAACGUCAUCUUCUAAACGACGCCAGUCAAAAUUUCAAACAGAUUUAUCGAGUAGUUUUGUUUUGACAACUGUUGAAAGUGGACAAGGUUAUAUUUGUUUGCAACCAUGGAAAAAGAGCAAUAUCGGAUUCGCGAGGCAUCAUUUUCACCGACUAUUUGGAGAAGGAAAGGACAAUCACGGGGCAAUACUAUGCCGAUUUAUUGGGCCGAUUCGACGCUGAAUUGAAAAGAAAACGGCCUCAUUUGGCG